AUGAACAUUGAGAAACAGAUGAAGAUUUAUACAAAGAGAGAAGAUAAAUAUGUAGUUCGUUAUGAUAGAACAACACCGUUAUGGGAUGUUAUGAAAACAUUGUGGGAGUGCAAAUAUUUCGAACCUAUUUCUUAUGGAGAACUUUUCACAUAUACUACUGACUUAUAUAAACAGAACCUUGCACCAUUUAAAGAUUUGACAUAUGCUCCAAAGUAUUGUGUACAACUGAAGAAGAAAGCAGAGUCAAAAGAAGUAAAUAAAGCUAAAUGUAAAUUCAUACCUGAGCACGUUUUCUUUGCUGACUUUGAGUGUAGUACGGAUGGCUUUCAUAAAGCUUUUAACAUCUGUUAUGACAGUGAAGAUGGUUCAGUUAGUGAAAGCAUUUGGGGUCAAAACUGUGCAACAGAAUUUUUGGAAAGACUUCCUGACAAGAGUUUAAUAUAUUUCCAUAACCUCAGUUAUGACAUAAACUUCAUCUUAAGACACAUGACAGAAGUGAAAGGAACUCCCAUCAUUAAAGGUUCACGAACAAUGCAAAUAACUGGCUUAUAUAAAGGACGGGCAAUUAUUAUAAAAGACUCUUACAGUGUUAUAAAUAAGAAGCUUAAACUAUUUCCUGCUAUGUUUAACUUACAAACAGGACCGAAAGAAGUAUUUCCAUAUAACUACUACAGCAGUGUUUUGUUAGCAAAUGACAACAGAACUGGUGUCAUUUCUGAAGCAUGUAAGUUUAUCCAUGAUGCAGAUACAUUUAUGAAGAACAUAGAUUCCAUCAAAGGUUGCAGAAUAGAUGAAAACCACUUCGACUUAGAAAAAUAUAGCACGUUUUACUGCAAACAAGAUGUAAGAAUUUUAAGAGAAGGUUUUGUAAAGUUCCGCAAUGACUUAUUGAAAGAGUUUGAUUUAAACGUUUAUGACUACGUUAGUAUUUGUUCUAUUGCUAACAAAUUGUUGAGAACAGA